AUGGUCCUAGACGACUCAAAGGCCUACGAGGCCACAGAGACGGGUUAUGAGCCAAAGAUGGAUCACUCCAUCUCCAACACGGUCGGGGAAGUGGAUCUUGCGCCUGGUCACCAAUUGGAGCGUGGUCUGAAGAGCCGGCACAUCCAGUUUCUGGCGCUCGGAGGCGCCAUUGGAACUGGGCUCUUCAUCGGCUCGGGGCUGAUCCUGGCUGACGUCGGACCGGCGCCGCUGUUCAUGGCGUACCUGUCGAUGAUGUUCGUCGUCUGGGUCGUUAUGAACAACUUGGCCGAGAUGGUGACAUACCUUCCGAUGAAGGGAAUCUCCAUACCGUACUUCGUUGGCCGAUUCGUGGACCCCAGUCUCGCUUUCGCUGCUGGUUGGAACUACUGGUACGCGUACGCGAUCCUGGUCGCCGCCGAGUGUACGGCCGGAGCCAUUAUUCUGCAGUACUGGACGGAGGCCGUUCCUGUCGCCGUGUGGAUCGCCAUUCAGCUCGUCGUCAUCUUGCUCCUGAACAUCAUUGCCGUCUCAUUCUUCGGUGAGGCUGAAUUUUGGUUCGCAAGUAUCAAAUUGAUCACCAUCAUUGGUUUGAUCAUCCUCGGUAUCGUCUUGUUCUUCGGUGGCGGUCCAAACCACGAUCCCCUGUACUUCAAGAACUGGCAAGAUCCUCCGGGCGCAUUUGUCCCCUACAUGGUGAGCGGCAGCACUGGCCGUUUCCUUGCCUACUGGACGGCUUUCGCCCGUGCUGGUUUCUCAUUCAUCACCUCGCCCGAGCUGAUUGCUUUGUCCGCUGGUGAGACCGUCGCACCCCGACGCAACAUCCCCAAGGCCGCUGGACGUUUCGUCUGGCGACUUGCUGUCUUCUACGGCUUCGGCUCGCUCAUAAUUGGCAUCAUUGUGCCAAACGACGACCCGAGGCUCGUGUCAGGAACCUCGAACGCCUCGGCCAGUCCGUUCGUCAUCGGCAUCUUCCGCGCCGGCAUCAAAGGGCUUGAUCACGUCAUCAACGCAGCGGUCUUGACAUCGGCAUGGUCUGCCGGCAAUGCCUUUUGCUACUCUGGCUCCCGCGUUCUGUAUUCCAUGGCACUCAACGGGCAAGCGCCCAAGAUAUUUGCUAAGACGACGAAGCGUGGUAUUCCCGUCUAUGCGGUGCUCCUCACGAUGGCGUUUGGGUGCCUUGCAUUCCUCAAUGUGUCGACCACUGGUUCCAAGGCUUUCACUUGGUUCUCCAACCUCUCAACCAUAAGCGGCUACAUUGCCUGGAUCGUCGUAAUGAUCACGUACCUCCGCUUCCGCAAAGCCAUGGAAUACCAAGGUCUGCUCGACGUCCUUCCGUUCCGCACUCCGCUCCAGCCAUAUGCCACGUACUUCAUCCUCGGCCUGGUGACGCUCCUCACUCUCACCAACGGCUUUCAAGUCUUCUUUCCCUCGGAAUGGUCGGUUUCGAGCUUCCUGGCCGCGUACAUUACCAUUCCGAUAUUCCUCGUCCUGUACCUUGGCCACAAGCUCGUGUAUCGCGGCCGAUGGGCCAUCAGGGUCGAGGAUGUGGACUGCCUGACCGGCAAGAAGGAGAUGGAUGACCUGGCCAUGAUGGAUGAGACAGAGAGGCCGAUCCCGAAGAAUUGGCUUGAGAAAUGCUGGUUCUGGCUGGCUUAG